AUGCAAAAUCCACAAGCCGUGAUUGCUGGUGGAAAAAGUGGUACCACGGUGGUUCUGGACAAUAUUGAAGCUGCUCUCACCAUCGGAAACAUUCUAAAAACCACGUAUGGGCCAUUUGGAAGAGAUAAAUUAUUUUGUGAGAGUGAAACUGGACAAAUUAUCAUUUCCAAUGACGGUGCAACGAUUUUGAAAUAUUUAAAAAAGAAAAUCAAAAAGAAUUCGGAAUUAAGUAAUCCGGGUAAAAUGUCCAAAGAUGAAACCAUACGAUGGGCGUUCAGUACGGAGCCUGUGAUUGACUUACUGGUGAACAUUAGUGAAACACAGGAUUCACAAGUUGGGGAUGGCACUACGAGCGUGGUGUUAUUAACAUGCGCCUUGCUGAAACAGGCAAGACGACUAAUGUCUUUAGGGCUCAGUCCACAUAGUAUUAUUCAAAGCUUUAGGCUAGGGCAUCAAUUUAUUACUAGAAAAUUGUCACAAAUUGAAUUAUGCCUCGACUUGUCCGAGAUAUCUGAGCAAGCUAUUAAUGUGCUUGUAGAAAUAGUUAAAAUUCCGUUCAACAGCAAGGUGUUAAAAAAUAUGAGCUUUUUCUUUUCACAAUUACUAGUUGAUGCAUAUGUGCAAUUAAGAAAAAUUCAACAGAGAAAAGAAGCUAGUAACAGAUCGGAACAACAUCUCUUCACACGACGUAAUUUAUUGUUUUGCGGAAUUCCAGGAGGUUCAAUUCAAGAUUCAUUUUUACUAAAUGGGAUUUGUUUUAAGCGAACUUUUUACUAUGCCGGCUAUGAACAACAACAAAAACGAAUCGAGAACCCAAAAAUUUUAAUCUUGAACCAUGAGUUAGAGCUUAAACAACAAAAAGAAUUUGCUAGAAUUGUUAUUAAUGAUCCUAGCUCAUAUCAUAAUUUUAUGGAAACUGAAUGGGAAUUGUUAAACAAAAAGCUGGAGACAAUUGUGAAGACAGGCUGCGAUAUUGUGUUAAAUCUUCAAACCAUUGGAGACAUUGCUACUCAAUACUUUACUCAGCAUGGCUUGACGUCAAUUGGACGAAUUGAUGAAGCAACACUCAAUAGUAUUGUAAAAUCUCUUGGAGGAGUAAUCAUUUCAUCACUGGAAGAUUUAGAAACGCUGCUAAACUCUACACAUGAAAUUCUCCCUGUAUAUGGAUCAUGUAAUCUCUUCGAAGAGAAAUGCAUUGGAGAAGAUUUUUAUUGUGUUCUUUCUGGUCUUCAGUGUGUUGGCAGUGAUGAAAGAAUUACAGUAGUACUUCGAGGAGAGGAAAAUAUUUUAGAAGAAGCAAAGCGAAGUAUGCAUGACGCUCUGUGUAUUCUUGAGAAUAUUGUUCAUGUUCCAGUUUGCCAUCUUGGAGGAGGAGCCACAGAACUCUAUCUAAAAACUUGUCUGAAACAGUAUUGUAACGAGUGCUCAUUAUCAACAACUAAUGAGCAAGCACUUUCUAUCAUUGAAGGUUUGAGACACUACGCAACAGCAUUGGAGGAGUUGGUGUUUAUCUUGUGUGAUAAUGCAGGACUAAAUGCUUCAAAGGUCAUUGACACCUUAUCCUCUCUCCAUGAAAAAGGAGAAUCAUACCAAUACUAUGGCCUUAACUUGUACAAGAACGCAAUUAUGAAUUUGUUACCCUCUGCUAUUUGUAAAAUAGAGGAGUCCACAGGAAAAUCUUUCAUUCGAGACAUUCCUCAAGAGCUCAGAAAUAGCACCGUAUUAGAACCGUGCAGUGUGAAGAGAAACGUGUUUCAGUCAGCCACUGAAGCUGCUUGUUUCAUUCUGUCCAUUGAUUACGUCGUGGUCAUGCCUCCUUUAGAAACAGAGAAAGAAAGAAGCGAGCGACUGGCAAAAUUGUACUCACAACAACAAGCUCUUCAAAAACAAUGGACCCAACACAUCAAAUCAGAAGAAAGAAAGAAACACGAAUAUCUUUGA